AUGAAUAAAUUAAUAAUUUUAACAACUAUUUUAAUUUUAGUUUCAAUGUUUAGUGUUAACAAUGCAUCAACACAAUAUACUUCAAUACCAUGUAAAUUGCAAAUGGCUAAUCAAACUAAUGAUGCAGGUAAUAAUGGUGAUUUCAAAAUGAAUGUUAAACUCAUUAGACAAGUUGGUGCAGGUAACUCAAUGGAUAUAGUAAUUUCAAAAGGUAAUAAUUAUUCAUUUUGGGAUGAUUAUAAUGUUCAUUAUGGUGGUGAAAAACUUUAUAUUAGUUAUAAAACUGUCUUUAGUCAAUUAAGUGCAUCUUACCAUGAGUUAUGUAAACAAACUUCAAUUGGUGUAUCUAUCAAAUCAAAAUUUAGAGAAAAUGUUUUUUCAGUUUUAGUCAGUAUGAAUCCAUUCUAUAUUUCAAACAAUUACAUUGAAAUAACAUUUACUAAAUUAUAA